AUGCCUCCAAAGUGGAAUCCAAGAUAUCAACAUAAUAAGCGAUUCCAAAGAAAAUCCAACCCUCGUUUUCACUCUCGACAUCAGAACAAAGACAACGCGUAUAAUUUGUCGUUAAAUAAUAUAAAUCAAUCAAUAGACAACAUUCACCCCAAUUCAAUAAGUGGGUUACGCAAAGUUUCUGAACUACCUGAUCGAUUUAGAUCAUUAUUUCCCUUUGGCGUCUUCAACAGCAUUCAGUCACAAUGUAUUGAUACCGCCUUAUACACGAAUGAAAAUCUCGUUGUAAUCGCGCCAACUGGAUCCGGUAAAACUGUAGUAUUUGAGCUUGCAAUGAUUAAUGUACUUAUGAAUAGUAAUGAUCAUGCAAGAAUGGUGUAUAUGGCGCCAACUAAGAUUGACGAAGUUCAUAUAUUGCACGAAGACAGAGGUGCCAUUCUUGAGGCUGUUGUUAGCAGAAUGAAACUCAUGGGAACCUAUAGCAGAUUUAUCGCAAUUUCUGCAACCGUGCCCAAUAUUGAAGAUGUUGCAUCUUGGAUCAAUCUUGGUUUUCAGAGUGACAAUAAAUUUCCUCAAAAUAAUGUUAAAAUUUUACAAUUUGGAGAUGAGUAUCGACCUGUACGACUCUCUCGUCAGGUAUUAUCUUAUCCAUCAGAUGGAAAUAUAUUCAAAUUUGAUAAAACAUUGAACGAUAAACUUCUUGACAUAAUUCAACAGUAUUCUAACGGGAAGCCCUCAAUGGUGUUCUGUAUAACGAGGAAGUCUACAGAAGAAGCGUGUCAGGCUAUCGUUAAACAAAUCAAAAAUAUGCAUAAAGAUUUACCGUGGAACAUCAGGCCAAUUGAAAUUACGUUUCACGACAAACAGUUACAAGAAUUCGUAAAAUAUGGUGUUGUCUUUCAUCAUGCAGGACUUCAUAUGCAAGAUCGAAAAAAUAUUGAAUCGAUGUUUUUACAAGGCGCAACAUCGACAUUAGCUAUUGGGGUAAACUUACCAGCUCACUUGGUUGUAAUCAAAUCAACUACGGCUUAUAAAAAUGGCGGUUUCAUGGAAUAUUCUGACUCAGAGAUUAAACAGAUGCUUGGUCGUGCUGGUCGACCGCAAUUCGAUGAUAGUGGAAUAGCAUUAGUAACCGGAAUUAAAGAUAAACUCGAGAGCAGGAUGAAGUCAAACCCUCAACGAUAUGAUCCAGGAUUUAAAGAAGGACAAAAUUGGGAAAAAAGGCUCGAAGGAAAGUUUCAGUUAGAGAAAGUAUCACAAGCAGAAGAAUUUAAUGAAGUAAAAUUGUAUCGUCAUGACAAACUGGCGUUAAAUAAGCUAAAUCAACAUGCGGAUAUCAAAUUUCCCCUUUCUGGAAAAGUGAAAGAAACUAGAGAAAAAGUUUUUAUCAUGAUCCAAGUCGUAUUAGGAAAUGUACCUUUAGAGGAUUCAUCAACUCGUGUACAGUUCAAUACGGAAUCGAGAGUCAUCAUUCAACAUAGUCAUCGUAUACUGAAAUGUCUUGUUGAAUUAGCAGCAUAUAGAGAGAAUAUUGCGGUUUUGAAAGUUUCAAUAAACUUAGCGAGAUGUAUGAAAGCAAAAAUGUGGAAUGAUUCUCCGUUGAUACUAAAACAACUAGAUGGCAUUGGAGAACAAUACGCGAAAAAACUUGCAGAUGCUGGAAUUACAAAUUUUGAACAAUUAACAGAAUGUGAACCAUGGAGAAUUGAAACUGCUUGCAAUCGAUAUCCACCGUUCGGACAUAACGUUCACGAAACAGUUUCGAGUCUACCAAAGUUUAAGCUUGAUGUUGAACGUGGUGUUUCUAACUCACCAGAAUAUCAAAUUUAUAUUGUGAAUAUUUGCCUGAGUAACAAUAAGAAAAUAUCCACAAAGCGUAAUGGAAUUAAUUUAAAUGCUGCAUUUAUAGCGGCUACAGAGGAGUUAUUACUAGAAUUUCGUCAAAUGCCGUUAUGGAAAAUCCAACAAGGAUUAAAAUUUCAUUUCAAAACGAAUAUACAAAUAAACCAACUAAUCAUUUGUUCCGUUUUACCGGAGGAAUUUAUCGGAUUGGAUGUCUACAAAACAAUUGUACCCGAUAUUCAGUUUGCGGAUAUUUGUGAAUCGCCGAAAAAGUUCGAAAUAAACAAGACAUCCAGUACGAAGGAAAAAGAAAAGCAACAUGAUAACAAUAUCAAAGGUCCGGAGUUGUUACCUAACGGACGAGUAAAAUGUAAUCAUCCUUGUAAAGAUAAACAAAAAUGUGCACAUGAAUGUUGUAAAAUUGGGUGUAGACGUGCACCAAAGAAGCGAAAGAAUAAUAAUGUAACAUUUAGCGAAGAGAUGAAAUCACAGCCAACUACUCAUGUUGAACAUGAUUUUUCAGAUCAAUCAUGGCUUGAAACUUUGGAUAUGAAUGAGUCAGCUACUCAUGUUGAAUAUGAUUUUCCAGAUCAAUCAUGGCUUGAAACUUUGGAUACGAAUGAGUCAGCUACUCAUGUUGAAUAUGAUUUUCCAGAUCAAUCAUGGCUUGAAACUUUGGAUAUAAAUGAGCCAGCUACUCAUGGUGAAUAUGAUUGUCUAGAUCAAUCAUGGUUUGAAACUUGGAAUAUGAAUGAGUUUGAUUUAAUGGAUUUAGAUGAAGAUAAGUUUUCUGAAUUACCUGAAUUACCUGAAUUACCUGAAUUACAAGAAAUGACAAUAGAAAAUAAGAAAGAUGCAGACAAAGAAGAAUUAGUGAAUGAAGAAAAUACGACUUGCGUUGAAAUAGAAAAUACAAAUAAAAUAUAUGAUAACUUAACCUCCGAUACUGACUUUGAAAUUUCAUGGGAAGUUAAGAAUGAAAUGAAUUGUAAGACUUUCACUGAAGCAUUGGAUGUUUUCGAUUACGUACUUCAAACCAUCCUUUAA